GGGAGGUCACCUCCCUGAAAAUCAAACCAUUGCCUCCCCGCCGCCACCACCACCAAGCGAGGCUGUCCGUGGCGAGCAUGGACUGCCCGGGGAAGGAAGGCACCGGAGGGAGGAAGAGGAAUUUGACCCUGCUGAGGAGAAAGCUGUACAUGGGGCAGAGGAGGAGGACGGAGCCCGUGGUAGAGAGCACCACCACCACCGCCGGGGACCACGGCAGCUUGAGGAGGAGUCAGUCCGACAGGACAGAGUACAGCCAGAAAUUGCAAGAAAAAAUGGCUCCACAGGUGGUGUCCUCAACCCCUGCCACCCCCCCACAGGAGGAUGAAGAAGAAGAAGAGGAAGUCAGCAGGCGCAUGAUGGACAGGAGGGUGAAGAUAAUCGCAGAGCUCAUGCAGACAGAGAAAGACUAUAUCAGCGACCUGGAUCUCUGCAUCAAGGAAGUGAUUCAGCCCCUGAGAAACAAGCAGAUUGCUCGCUUUGACGUGGAUGGCUUGUUUAGCAACAUUGAAUUGGUCCAUCAACUAUCAGCCAAACUGCUGUCAUUGUUGGAAGAAGCCACAACAGAUGUGGAACCACCCAUGCAAAUAAUCGGGGAAGUGUUCUUGCAGAUUAAAGGCCCACUAGAAGACACAUAUAAAAUCUAUUGCUAUCACCAUGAUGAUGCACACACCAUGCUGGAAUACUAUGAAAAGGAUGAAGAACUGAAGCAGCAUUUAAGAGACUGUGUACAGUCCUUAAAAAAGAGAUAUGAAGAAGAAGGAAAGCCAAAUCUAAUGGACCUGGGAUCUCUGUUGAUCAAACCAGUGCAACGGCUGAUGAAAUAUCCCUUGUUACUCCAUAAGCUCUUGAACUCAACUCCUGCUUCUCACCCUGACCACGAGGGGCUACAAGAUGCCCUUUUUGCUAUGAAAAACAUUAAUGUGAACAUCAAUGAACUUAAAAGGAGGAAAGAUUUAGUGAUGAAGUAUAGGAAGAAUGAUGAUGAUGAAACCCUUAAAGAAAAGUUUUCUCGACUGAAUAUUCACUCCAUUAGCAAGAAAUCCAAGAGGGUCACCAGCCACCUGAAAAUACUGACAAGGGGAGAACCUCAGGUGAAAGAUAGAACUUUUAAUAACGAAGAAAAGUUGUUUCAAAGUCUGGAGAAGACUGUGAAAUUGUGUGUGAAGAACAUUUCUCUCUGUUCACAACACCUCCAGGAAUCUAUACAUCUGGCUGCCCAGAAUAUAAUUUGGCUUCAGGAAAUCCUGCAAGAUAAAGAUGACACAGAGAAUGACUGUUCGGAAAAACAGACCAACACUGCAAAUCUAUGUGAAGACUUUAUGGCUCAGCUGGACAAGCUUGUCCUGAGUCCUCUCUCAGCACUGCAAGCCCUGUUUCCAGGCCCUCAGAAGCUCAUCCAGAAGCGCUAUGACAAGUUGUUGGACUACAACAGCUGCCUUCAGAGGUCAGCUGGAGAAGAGAUGGACCUGACAAAGAAAGACUAUGAGGCUCUAAAUGCACAGCUAGUCGAAGAACUUCAGGUAUUCAACAGAGCAGCCAAAAAUAUUGUGUUGAACUGUCUACAUUGCUUCAUCACCCUCCUCAGGAAUAUUAUGUUUGAAGCCCUUCAAUCAAACUCUGCUGUCAUGGUGCCUAUUCCACUGUCUUCCUCAAGCAUCUGUGAAGUGCAGAAUCAAUUGAUAGAGGAGGUUCACAAACUGAGUUUUGUAAAGGAAAACAGCAGUGCAACCUUUAUUGAGAGAAAAUUGAGCUUGGAGAGAAAGAAACCUGUUCCUUCUCCGCUGGAGUCCCCACGCCAAACAGAGGGUGACAGGUCCAAGCUGUUGUCCACGUACAGCGCAGAGUCGCUGUACCAGGCUAAGCGCAAGUGCCACGCCGCGCAGGAAUUCGAUAUUGACUUGCAUGAAGGAGAGCUGGUGGCUGUUGUGGAGCAAAAGGACCCCUUUGGAAGCACAGGCAGAUGGCUUGUUGACACAGGAAUCCUCACAGGGUACGUGUACUCCUCCUUCCUGAGGCCUUACAACCCAGCCAAAGAGCAGAAGGCUGUAGCAGAAAACGGCUUGGGUGAUGAUGAUUUUGAUGACAUCAGCCUCUUUGUCCCUUCACGGCCCCCUGCUGACAGCAGCACAAAAAGUCUAGGGUACAAGAAGAGUGACAGCAGCUCACAUUUUCACUUCUGUGAAAAUUCUGCAAUUAAUGGCACAGGGACUGGUGAUUUUCCGGGUAUGGAUGAUCAGCAUAUCUUCUAUGCUGUUUAUGCAUUUCAAGCUAGAAGUGAUCAAGAACUCAGUCUUCAGGAGUAUCAGAGGGUGAGGAUACUUCGCUUUUCCGACCUGAGUGGCAAUAAGGAAUGGUGGCUAGCUGAAGCAAAAGGUCAGAAGGGAUAUGUACCAUCUAAUUAUCUAGGGAAGAUGACAUAUGCUUAGGAGGGGAAGGGCCUGUUGAGCCACACUCUCCGAAGCAGACAGAAUAAUCAUCUGUUAGGUUUGUUUGCAAGCAGAGCAAGCUCACAAAUGACUGACAAAAGCCAUGGUAUCCAGCACACAGAUGAUACUGAGAACCUCCAUUCUCCAAAAGCCAUCACCUUGUCAAGACCUGAGGGAGGAAGCACUUAACAGGAAGACUGAUUGUGAUUAACAUGCUGAAGAACUGGCUUUUCUAUUACCCCAUAAUUUUCUCUUUUGUCACAGCAUCGUAUAUCAAGACUCAACCUACAAGUACAAAUCACAGAUGAAAUUACAUUUCUCUUCCAUGAUAUUUAGCAAAUAAUAUUCAAGAUGAAGAGAAUUAGCCUUGGAAAAAGGACAAAUUCAGUCAUCAGGGAUACUGUAGGCUGAGUUGUUCCUGAACUGUUUUCUCAGUGAACACAGACACAUCUUAAAACUUGAGCUUUUUUGAUUGUCUGUUUUAUCCUCAGCUGCUUUUGUGAAGAACCUUUUUUCUCAGUGGAGAUUAUUGGAUUGGGAAAAGGGCUUCAUUUUUAAGGAAACAUUUCAACUUAACACAUAACAGGUGUGGUGACUAGUCCCAGGAAAGAAGGUAUGUUUAGUUAAAUAUGGAAAUACAGGAAGGAAAAGAGGGGACACUGGAAACAGGUACUGUGACAUAAAGAAGUUACAGUUUUCAAAUUAAUUACACAACUGUUUCAUAUGGCAGAAACAGUUUGUAGCAAUAUGGAAGUGCCCCAGGUUUGAAAUCCACAUAUGUCUCCACACUAACUGCUUUAGUGAAAGAUCUGUAUAGUGAAAUGAAGCCUGUGUUAUUAGUCUUGGGAAAUUUACUGGUUUAAAAAAAAAAGGGGGUGGGAAGAAGUCAAGUGGUGCCUUUCAAUGAAUAUUUAGUCCCUCUCUGGCUCCUUAAGUCAGAUGCAGGGAUCAUAAUAUCUAGUGAAUAAGUUUCUUUAGGUUCACUUACUGCAGUGAUUCCUAGGUCAGGCUGGGGCCCUGCACUUAAGGUAGACUGAAUGGUGACAGCAAACAGAAAACACAGAAUCCUUGUGAUUCAAAUUGGUAGCUAAGUGCUCGUCACAAGGAAUUUCACCACAGCAAUGCUGACAUCCUCCAGUGACUAGCGAAGACCUGGUGCAAAGCGCUGCAAAAAGGAAACAAAAAAUUAUGAUUAUGCCUGCUGCAAAUAGUGUAAUUGAAAGUAAACUCCUGUCAGGCAUUUUCUGUAUUGCAUAAUUGCAUGUACUGAUGACUAAAAUGACAACACUGUUAAAAUCAAGGGCGGGAGGCAGGUA